UAUACAAUCUGGAGAAGCGAGGAAUAUGUGAGAAGUUGUAAUUAGUGAUUCUGCUGACAGGUGAUUAAUUUGUGUUUCACUUUAUAGGAAGCAUCAUGGUUGGGGUCACUGCUACUACUUGGUGCUUGUGUCGGUGCCUUUGUGUCUUCAUGGGUAAUCAGUCUGGGUAGGAGACGAGCUGUCCUGGCUUCCGCUUUUCCACGCCUCUUUGGUUGGAUAAUGAUUGGUGCUGCUUCUGACGUGUAUAUGCUGUAUGGUGGCAGGCUGCUGAAAGACACGUGCAGAAGGCAAAUAUGGGUUUUAGCUUUACUAAGAGACAACUACACACCAGGCAAACAAGCACGUCUCUGCUCUAAGCAUUUUGCCCCUGAAGAUUUUGACAGAAUUUCUUUGUCUUGCAUCAGACUACGAGAAAAUGCUGCUCCUAGUAUAUUUGAGGCUUUUGCUGCUCACCUGCAGAAGAAGACAAAUAACAGGAAGCCCCCCAAAACUCAGACUGUUUGUGAGCCUUCUCCUUCUGAAGCUGCAGCUUCCACUGUUAAUGUAGCAGAAAAUCACCUAGAAGCUAAUUUAACAAACUCUCCAAUGAAAGUGAUGAAGAGGAAAUUAGAGGAAAACUUGUGAAGUCUUGGAAAAAAUAAAACUUUUGCAACAAAAAACACGACGACUGAAAAAGAAUAAUGCCGACUUGUGUUCGUUGAUUAGUGUAUUAAAUUCAUAAGAAAAACUUUUUAUACUUGUCUGCUGCAUCCACGAACGCUGGAAAAUUGGUACAAUACAGUAGAAGUGAAACCCAGAUUUACCAAGGCAUCAUUCAGUGCACUCGAGCAGAAGGUCGAGAAAUCCACAGACGAAACUUCUGGCAAUAUUUUUUCUUUGGUGAUGAAUGAAAUGGCUAUUCAUCAGCAUGUUGAAUGGGAUGGCAAAAUAUAUCGCAGGUUUAUCGACAUGGGGACUGAACUAUGUGAUGAUUGCUUGGCUGUAGCUAAAGAAGCUCUCACUCUUAUGCUAGUGUCAUUCAAGUCUACUUUUUAGUUAACAAUUGGAUAUUUUUUUAUUAAUGGACUUUGUGGUAAUGAAUGCAGCAAUUUAGUUUUGCUGGCUUUGAACAAACUUCAUUCAGUUGGAGUGAAUAUUGUAUCUCUAACUUUUGAUGGUGCAGCUCCUAAUUUAGCUAUGAUGAAAAAUCUUGGUUGCAGCUUGAAUCCUGAAAAUAUAAAGUAUGAUCCUCCUGCUACAGGCAAGCCAGUGUGCAUUUUUCUUGAUCCAUGUCAUAUGUUCAAGUUGUUAAGAAAUUCUCUUGGCGAUCUAGGUAAAUUUUUUGAUGCAGAAGGUAAUACAAUUGAGUGGCAAUUCAUUGUCAAUCUCCACCAGUUACAGGAAAAAGAAGUCUGCAUCUCGGAAACAAGUUAAGAGCUUUACAUAUUGAAUACGUGAAGGGAAAAUGAUUGUAAAAUUGGCCGUGCAGUUACUUGGUGACUGUUGCCAACUCCCUCCAGUUUUGUUUGGAUGAGAAGAUACCCGGAUUUCAUGGUUGCCAAGGAACAAUAAAAUUCAUACGAACACUCAAUGCACUGUUUGACAUCAUGAAUUCUUGUAACUUGUGUAGUUACGGCUGGAAGCGCCCUUUGCAAGCAAAUGAUAAUUCAGAGGUAAUGAAGUUCAGAAAGUGUACAACAGUGUCUGGUUUCCUUAACAUUACUGCCUGAUAGCUGCCUAUUGUUCAAUCCAGAAGAAAAACAGGAUUUAUUGGACUCCUUGUUUGUUGCAAAAGUCUGCAAAAAAUUAGCAAAAUGUUAAUUGUUACUUCAAAACCACUUUUGGAUUACUUCUCAACUUACAAAAUGAGUCUGGAUCAUAUAUAAAUAUUUUUUGGCAAAAUUAGGAGUAUGGGAGGGUGCAACAACAAUCCCACGGCUUGGCAGUUAUCAGCAGCCUACAAGAAGGUGUUAACUCGCAAUAACUUUGAAGAAGUGACUCGUGGAAAUUGCUUAGCUUUAGAAUCUAUCCCAAUUCCAACUGCCUCUAGUAAUUAUCUAAAGGAUCUUAAUGCCAAUGUUCCAAUGAGCAAUUUAAUUAACUCUUCUCUUGAUAUAAGCAGGGUCUUUGAGCAAGAUAACAUUUAUCAAUAUGAGGAGUCUGUUGUGCUCUCAGAAGAGGGAAAUGCUAACUUAGUUUAAUCUAGUGUGGUCCCUCCUUGUGCUCAGAAAAUAGUUGCAUAUAUAGCUGGUUUUGUCUCUGUGAAACUUAAGAAAUCUUUGAAGUGUGAAGCAUGCCGUAGUGUACUAUUUACCCAAAAAUGUGGAUGGAUGAAAAUCGUGCAUUAAUCACUAUAAAAGCCAAAGGGAAUCUAUCAUUUCCGACUAAAGAUGUCAUUGCUAUAUGUUGCUUAUGCAAAAAGGUAUUCAGAGAAAAAAUAUUGCUUGCCAGUAAAAUACACCCCUAUGCAAAACUGUCAACCUAUGAUU